AAGCUUCCCAUUCUUGUACGUUGGAAGAAGGUUUGAGUUUAAAUAAACCACAAGUCUUUUGUUGCCAAAUCUGGUUGGUCUCUUGCUGUUUGAAGAAAUUUAAUAUAGGGGAAAAUGGUGGUAAGUGAUGAUAGAAAAACAGCAGAGGAGAAGGCCAUAGAUGAUUGGCUGCCAGUCACUUCUUCUAGGCAUGCAAAAUGGUGGUAUUCUGCUUUUCACAAUGUCACUGCCAUGGUUGGUGCUGGUGUUCUUAGUCUGCCUUAUGCUAUGUCGCAGCUCGGAUGGGGGGCAGGGAUCACAAUGGUUGUGGGAUCAUGGUUGAUAACCUUGUACACGAUAUGGCAGAUGGUGGAGAUGCAUGAAUGUGUUCCGGGCAGACGUUUUGACAGGUACCAUGAAUUAGGCCAAGCAGCAUUUGGGGAAAAGCUUGGCCUCUGGAUUGUUGUUCCCCAGCAGCUGAUUGUGGAUGUCGGUACGUGCAUUGUUUAUAUGGUUACUGGAGGCAAAUCUUUGCAGAAGUUCCACCAGUCUGUUUGUCCAACCUGCACUCCUAUCAGAACCACAUAUUUCAUCAUGAUUUUUGGAUCUGCUCACUUUGCGCUGUCUCUUCUCCCCAACUUCAAUUCCAUAUCCGGUGUUUCCCUCGCUGCUGCUGUCAUGUCUUUAAGUUACUCGACUAUCUCUUGGGGAGCUGCAAUUAACAAGGGGGUGAUGAAAGACGUGAGCUAUAGCCUAAAAUCAGAAGACACAAGCGUAAAAAUAUUUGACUUCUUCAAUGCCCUGGGAUCAGUGGCUUUUGCUUAUGCUGGUCACAAUGUAGUUCUUGAAAUCCAAGCUACAAUUCCUUCCACCCCUGACAAGCCUUCCACUGGACCGAUGCACAAAGGUGUUUUUGUCGCGUAUCUACUUGUUGGCUUCUGCUACUUUCCUGUUGCAUUCAUCGGAUACUACAUUUUUGGAACCGCGCUUGAUGACAACAUUCUGCUCACACUAGAGAAACCAAACUGGCUAAUUGCAACUGCAAAUAUGUUUGUCGUUGUCCAUGUUCUCGGAGGCUACCAGGUAUUCGCGAUGCCUGUUUUUGACAUGACCGAGACAUUGUUGGUGAAGCAUAUGAGAUUCAAACCUCGUACCAGUCUUCGCCUGUUUGUGAGAUAUUCAUAUGUUGCAAUCACAAUGUUCAUCGCCAUUGCAAUUCCUUUCUUCGGUGGUCUGCUUGGUUUCUUCGGAGGCUUUGCUUUAGCUCCUACAUCAUAUUAUCUUCCCUGCAUCAUCUGGUUGAUCCUUAAAAAACCUCGAAAAUUCGGCUUUUCUUGGUGGUUAAACUGGAUAUUCAUAGUGAUCGGCGUUACUAUAAUGAUUGUAGCACCCAUCGGUGGGCUUCGAACGAUCAUCGUCUCUGCCCAGCAGUACAAGUUCUUUAGCUAAGUUAGCUCAUCAAAUUAUGUUGUUAGCUUAUCUACGAAAUUGUAAUAAGACGAUGACGAUGAUGAUUGUGAUUAAUUGAAUUAAGUUAGUCGCUUAAUUAAGGUACAACAAGUAUCAAGUAUUUUUAGUAGGAUUUUUUCUU